AUGUACAUGACAACUAUUGGCAUCCACCAAAAGACAGGGCGUAAACCAGAUGACUGGCUCCAGGCCAGUCUGGUCCCUCAGAUGCGCAGUGUGACAUACGCGUAUAAUGAUAUGGCUCGAGUUCCUGCCAAAGUUGGUUAUCUAAGCCGGCCUCGUUCCUCGGCCGGCACAGAUUUGAGUCUACGCGCAAAUAAGCGAGGUGGCGCAGUGCUUCUUGCUCCUGCCCACCUCGCAGCAUUAUCCUUUCAGAGUGCUAGUCACUCGUGUCUACCUCUUUUUGCACCCACCCACCACUCCCUGAUCAGCAACGGCCCACAUACUAAACAACCAUCUCCUGAAGAUAAGCAGUCCCAGGACGAUAAUGUGAUCCAGCUGCUGGGUAUCACUAUAUCAGCCAUCAACGCUACCAAAGACCUUGUGCCUAUCGAUCUGGCGAAAGGCAUCCUUGGAACAAUUGCGAACAUUUUGACUGUUGCGCAGGCAGUGAUCAAGAACAAGUCCGAUUUCCAAGCAAUAGCUGACAAGUGCGAGACCAUCAGGGACAUCCUUGAAAGAGCGACCGAGGGUGCUACCAAAGAUGAUCUGAAAGGAUACUUGGGGCAUGCAUUGACUCAGCUCAACAAAUCAGUAAACCGCAUCAAUAGCGACGUAGAGUCAAAGAAGGAGCAAAGAUUUUGGCACAGGCUCCUCUCUGUCACCAUCGAUCGCGACCGGAUUACGAGAUGGGAGAAAGACUUGGAUGAAGUCCUCAUGCUAUUCAGAGGUGGACAAGCUGACUUGGGACCCAGGGAUAACACUCGUGGGAUCAAUGACACCCAGUAUCGUCCACCCGCACCUCCAUCACGGCCUCCCAUGUUUUAUGGCCGUGGGGAUCUCGUCGCAGAACUGACCAACCUUGUCAUCAAUGACGAGCACAUUGCGUUGAUUGGUCCAGGAGGGAUGGGAAAGAGUUCCCUUGCCAAAACUAUCCUCCACGAGGCAGCCAUCAUGGAAAGAUUUGCCAACAGGCACUACUUCAUCCCUUCAACCAUUACAUUUGAAGCUUUCACGACUCGUUUCGCACAAGCCCUUGGCAUAGAGCUUUCCGGCGUUAAUCCAGUGCAGCAAAUAUGCGCCUGUCUUCGUUCUGCUAGCGCCCUUGUUGUUCUAGAUAAUGCUGAGACUUUCGAAGAGGCCGGUGGAUCAUCAGCGCUCACGGAAAUCCCGCAAGCUAUUGCUGAAAUUGCAGGCAUCCCCGGCGUCAUUCUGAUUCUUACAUCGCGUAGUAGAAGGAGUGCACUGAAUGUACCAUGGAUUACCAAGGAUAUUCCACCACUAGAUUCAAACUCUGCUCAAGAAGCAUUCUUUCGAAUUUACCGUCUAGCCAGUCGUGAAAAUGCGGACGGAGGAAUAGCAAACUUGCUUCGGGAUUUGGAAUAUCACCCGCUUUCCAUCAAUCUACUCGCAAAUGCUGCACAGCAAAACGGUUGGUCUCCGGCUAUACUGCUGGAGAGAUGGAAGGAUCGGCACAGUGCGGUGCUAGACCAUGGCGAGGGAAAGCUACAAAGCUUAUCAUACACCAUGCAGCUGUCACUCAGCUCACCGUCAAUCCAGAAACUUGGAGAGAAGGCUCAGCAUGCUUUAACUGUCAUCGCCUUCUUGCCCCAGGGUCUCAAUGAGGCCCUGUCCAAGCGUAUCUUGCCAUCUACCCUGCAAAUCGACGACAUAUGUGAUGUUUUAUGGAGGCAAUCUCUCGUUUAUCGCCAAGGCGGCUUCGUCAAAAUGCUCGCACCCAUUCGGCAUUAUGUGCGAGAUUCGUUGCCACCACCUGACUCCACAUGUUUGGAAGAGAUACGCACCUUCUACUAUUGCACUGUCCAACAGUGUUCGGCAGAACGAGAUGAUCAUGCUGAUAUCAUUAUCUCGGAUCACCUCAACAUUGAGCAUGUUGUUGCUUCGAUCUCACCCAAAUCCCUGAGGAGACUUAUCGCGCUUGCUGGGAAUUUGGCCAAGAUGUUCACGUUCACAACAUCUGCCGACGAAUUAUUUGUGAACUCCUUGGACGAAGACUUCUGGGGAUUGCGGUCCAAGAUUUGCCACUGGCGGGCCAAACACUUCUAUGGGGGAGAUAUUGUGCAGGUGAAGACGCACUUAGAAAACCUUCUCUUGCAAUGCCCAAGUACUGGAGACCUCGAUGCCCGCAGGGACGCACUCGAGGCGCUUGCAGAGGUAGCAUUUUGCGGAGGCAGGUCAUCCGACGCAAUGCAUCGCCUACAGGAAAUUGUAGAGAUGUACGAAGGACUUGAUCCCAGCGUGGCGCUUUGGUAUGCCGUCUGGAAAGGCGUCGUUGUGAGCGAACAAGGGCAUCAUGACCUUGCGAGAGAGAUCAUUCACAAAGCCUCCGAGCCCUUCCCAUUAUGUGCCCUGCCCAGUACAGCCGCAUUUCUCCAUAGAUCUUAUGGCUUGGCAUGCGUCGAGCUCAACGCAGGCGAGUACGACAAGGCAGUCUCUCAUUUCACCGCUACCAUUGAAGGUUGUAAUAUCCAAGGACAUCUUGACUUCAAGGCGUUCAGCAUACGUGGAUUGGGGGAGAUUGCCUUUGAGAGAGGGGACUUUGCAUUAGCCGUACAGCGCUUUGCAGAGACGCUGUCCUUGUGCACUGAGAUGGAGUGUCUCCAAGAAAAUUACAUGGCAUACCAUUCGAUGCACUGCCAGAAAGAUUUAAAGGGUGGACAUUCUAUGAGGAUACGAUGUUUUGAAAUGCAUCUUAACGAACCAAUGGGGCUCGAGGCUAUUGACGAUGUCCUUGUAAGGCACAUGCGGGUCUCGAGCGUGGUAGGCGUAAAACUCGGGCUUGCUGGUCAAGCCCGCAUCACACCUGGGCCGCCUGACACAAGUCUUCUGGUUCAUUAG